CCUUCGGGUUUAUGGAGAUUGUGAUGGGCGCCGCCGCCGCCGCCGCCGCCGCCGCGAUGGCGCGAAAGUAGCAGCGGCUUCUCCUCCCCCCCACCACCUCUCUGAGCUAAGGAUUGAAUAUUAGCAUGAUGCCUCUCUGCCACUCUGCAAUAAAACACAGUGACUCAGUCACGGAGAGGUGCUAUUUUGCACCUGCUGGAGGUCUGAGGGUAUUCUUGCACUGGAAGGGUGAGGCAGAGGAACAGUAUCAGACAUACACCAAAGGGACUCCUUGUGCUGAAGAGAUCUGCAGUGAUAUUGCACAGAAGAUAGGAAUCACACCAACUUGCUUCAGUCUGUUUGCACUCUAUGACCCAGAGACCAAAUGUUGGUUCCCUCCCAACUAUGUCUUUGAUGUUGAUAGUGAUAUCAAGAUCACUUUGCAUUUUCGUAUGAGAUAUUAUUUUCGAAACUGGCAUGGAACAAAUGACAAGGAGCCAGCCAUAUUUCGCAGUAUUCCUCGCUCAGCUGACUCAGAGGACAGAUCAUAUAGAAGCGAACAAGGCAAUGCCAUCCUGGAUAAAUCAUCAUUUGCCUAUCUCUUUGAGCAAGGGAAAUAUGACUUCAUCAAUGAUGUUGCCUCCUUAAAAGACCUGCACACUGAACAGGAAAUUCACCAAUUUAAAAAUGAGAGCCUGGGCAUGGCUGUCCUCCACCUGUGUCAUCUUGCACUGAAGAAAGGCAUUUCUGUUGAGGAGGUGGCAGAGAAAACAAGUUUCAAAGAGUGCAUCCCACGGUCCUUUUGCCAACAGAUUCAGCAGAACAAUUCUUUGACCAAGUUCCGCAUGAAGAAUGUUUUCAAGAAAUUCUUGCAACAGUUCCAGCAGUACACAUUGAGCACUGGUAAACUUACAGAACAGGAUCUCAUGCACAAGUACUUAGCUAACUUGGAAAACCUGGCUCCGCGUUUUGGGACUGAGCUCUUUGCAGCUGUUUCACUGGAAACUGUUUCGGAGGGUGAGAAGGUGCCACUUUAUAUCAAUGGUGGUCAUGCGCAUCUAGAGAACUCCUAUUCUUCUUCUCACGGUAGCAGGCCUGUCACACAUGAAGUCUUGGUCACAGGCAUUAAUGGGAUUCAGUGGCGGCCUAUCCCUGCUGAGAGACCACAGAGCCAGCCCCAUAAAAUUUAUUUUGGGAGGAAAGUCAAGACUAAGGAGCACAAGUCCAAGCAGUCCUACCAACCAGUGGAGCAAUGUGAAGCUAAAUGGGCACACUUUUGUGACUUUCAAGAGAUCACACAUAUUGUUGUCAAAGAUUGCAACAUCAGCAUCCAUCGCCAAGACAAUAAGUGUCUGGAUUUGACUUUGUCAUCCCAUGAAGCUGCUCUCUCCUUGAUUUCAUUAGUAGAUGGUUACUUCAGAUUAACAGCUGAUUCUAGCCAUUAUCUGUGUCAUGAAGUUGCCCCACCACAACUCGUUAUGAGCAUCCAGAAUGGUAUUCAUGGACCCAUGCAGGAAGAGUUCAUUCUGGCUAAGCUGAAGCGUGAAGGGCAGGAAGAUGGGCUGUAUGCCCUCCGUUGGAGUGUCCUUGAUUUCAACAGAUUGAUUCUAUCGGUACUGAAGAAUGGCCAAGUGAGAGAUGGGAGAAUGAGUACCAGUACCCAAGGUAAUGCAAACUGUGGACAGUUCCGGAUCCAGAGGAAAGGAAAUUCCUUUGUACUUGAAGGCUGGGAGCAAGAAUUUCCUAGUGUCCAAGAACUAAUGAAUGCUCUCAAAGGCUGUACUAUAAAAUCUGGAACGGACAUCUUCAGUUUGAAGAGAUGCUGCCUCCCAAAACCAGGAGAAAUCUCAGACUUAAUCAUCACACGAAAAGUGAAAGACAGCACAAGGCAGAUUCUGAAUUUGACUCAGCUGAGUUUUCAUCAGAUUCGGAAGAAUGAGAUUACACAGAGAGCGCACUUGGGACAAGGAACACGAACCAAUAUUUAUGAUGGUGUACUUCAUGUAUCCAGUGGGAUCAACAGUGAUGAUGAGGCAGAGUAUUUUUCUACUGAGCAGAAUAACAAUAGUUGUGAGAUGCAUGUGGUACUCAAGAUGUUGGACCCCAGUCAUAGAGACAUUGCUCUGGCAUUCUUUGAAACAGCCAGCCUGAUGAGCCAGGUGUCCCAUAUCCACUUAGCCUUUGUUCAUGGGGUUUGUGUAUGGGGUUCAGAGAAUAUAAUGGUGGAAGAAUUCAUUGAGCAUGGUCCCCUGGAUGUCUUUUUGCGUAAUAACAAAGGACGGGUAACAGUAGGCUGGAAAUUCACUAUUGCAACACAAUUAGCCAGUGCCCUCAGUUACCUUGAAGAUAAAAACCUAGUGCAUGGCAAUGUAUGUGCCAAAAACAUCCUGUUGGCAAGGAAAGGUUUGGAAGAUGGCCUGCUGCCUUUUAUUAAGCUCAGUGACCCAGGAGUCAGCUUCACUGUACUUUCCCAAGAAGAAAGGGUUGACAGGAUCCCGUGGAUUGCUCCAGAGUGUAUCAAAGAUGUAAAAAACCUUAGCACAGCAGCUGACAAAUGGAGUUUUGGGACCACAUUGCUGGAAAUAUGUUUUGAUGCAGAUGUGCCACUAAAAGAACGCACUCCUUCUGAGAAAGAACGUUUUUAUGAGAAGAAGCAUCAUCUUCCAGAGCCAUCCUUCAAAGAACUAGCUACCCUAAUCAGCCAGUGCCUAAACUAUGCUCAUGGAGAGCGACCCUCUUUCCGGACUAUCUUACGAGACCUCACUCAACUGCAACCACAUAAUCCUCUUGACAUUAGCUCUGUGAAUCCUGCGUUCCCUGUAUCAGAUCCUACUGUCUUUCAGAAGCGCUACCUGAAAAAGAUUCGAGAUCUGGGUGAGGGCCACUUUGGUAAAGUGAGCCUAUAUUGUUAUGAUCCUGCCAAUGAUGGCACUGGUGAGAUGGUAGCAGUGAAGUCAUUGAAAUCAGGUUGCAGCCAGCAGCUCUUGACUAGUUGGAAAAAGGAGAUUGAGAUCUUGAAGACACUCUACCAUGAGAAUAUUGUAAAAUACAAAGGCUGCUGCAACGAGCAAGGAGAAAAGAUUGUGCAGCUUAUCAUGGAAUAUGUGCCACUGGGAAGUCUGAGGGAUUAUCUCCCCAAGCACAAUGUCAGCUUGGCCCACAUUCUCCUCUUUGCCCAGCAGAUUUGUGAGGGAAUGGCUUAUCUCCACUCCUUGCACUACAUCCACAGAGACCUAGCAGCUAGAAAUGUGCUCCUGGAGAAUGAAAAUGUAGUAAAGAUUGGAGACUUUGGUCUUGCCAAAGCCAUCCCCAAAGGACAUGACUAUUAUCGUGUCUGUGAAGAUGGAGACAGCCCCGUCUUCUGGUAUGCUGUGGAAUGCCUCAAGGAAUGUAAAUUCUAUUAUGCUUCUGAUGUCUGGUCCUUUGGAGUGACUUUAUAUGAACUGUUAACAUGGUGUGAUUCAAGUCAGAGCCCUCCACAAAGAUUUAUUGAGAUGAUUGGAAUGACUCAGGGUCAGAUGACAGUGCUGAGGCUCAUUGAGCUGUUGGACAGAGGGGAAAGACUGCCCAGUCCAAAAGACUGUCCUUGUGAGAUUUAUCACCUGAUGAAAAACUGUUGGGAAUCUGAAGCUUCAUUCCGCCCAACCUUCACAAACCUAGCACCCCUCCUCAAAGCCUUCCAUGAAAAGUACAAGACCCAGGCCCCUUCAGUUUUCAGUGUGUGUUGAUGAGAAUGAAGAGGUUUUGUACCAAAGACCAAAGUCCUAUUUGCACUCUGUGUGCUAGUGCUUACAUGCCUGGAAAGCCACCGUGCCAGGAAAGUUGCUUCUAAGUGACAGUGAUCUUGGAUUCUGACUUUUCUGUUCUGCGCAGUGUCCUUGCAUUGUCUGGAUAUUUUUGCACUUAUCGAAUGUGGUGGGGCAUAAGGAAAAGCCCCUCCAAUGUUUUUGUCUAGCUGAAAGGCAGAAGCUGCUUAUGAAACUUUCUCCUUUGCUAUAUCCUGCUGGGAUGCAAGUCAUUUGUAAAGUCUCAUUAUGAGAUAUUCUGGUACAGGAAAACAUGUUGGUAUCUAAUGAAUUUAAUGGACUCUUGCGCUUAUGGUCCGAUGCAGAGUAUGAAUCUGUAAUUCAAGGAACCCUGAAAAUGGAAUGCAAUAUUUUGACUUGCUAUUUGAAAAACCUGUUAUAUCACAUAUAACUGCUAACCAAACAGAAUGAAAGGUAUCUGGCCUUUAUUUGCAGCAUCUUUACAAGGAAAUACAUUUUUUUAACCUGGCAUUUAUUCCUUAAUCACUCUUUUUACAUCUCUUUAUCACCCGUAGCAUAGCAUUAUUUGCACAUCUACUUGAUAAGGGUCACUUAUCUGCCUAUGUGAAAUCAGAAGCACCCUUAGCCGACUCAAUGCUAGAGAAGUAAAUAUCUGAUCAUGUCUGUUCCCAGACAUUUUUGUUCCCAAAGAGCAAUCCUUACUGUCUCUCAGAUGGAUGAAUCAAGAAUUUCCACUAAUGAGGAUUUGCAGCAGCUGCUAUGUUUCCCUUUGAAUUUUCUAACAGUUCAUCCUUUUUUUAAAAAAAAAUGAUAUAAAACAAUUGUAUCUUUUCUUGAGCUGAGAACUAUUUUGGUUUGAAAUGACCAAUCCCAAAACUUCACCACCACCUGUCCCCUGAUGUUUGCCAAUCAAUAACUUUGAAUUUGAAAUGGAGGUGGAAAGAAACUAUAGGCCUUAAAUAACACUGAAAAUGAAGACAAGAAAUGCCUUUUGGUCACUAACUAAUUGCUACCUUCUGACAUGUAAGCUUUAUGUAGCAAAAUUAAGGUGGCUUGAGCUGGUAAUCCCACAUCCUGGGGGGGAAAAAACUAGCUGCCAUAUAACCUCAGAACAAUUGUGAUUCCUCUUCCCUGUUGUACUAUCAUUUUGCUUCCUAAGUAAUUGGAGCAAUUGUUUUCAUUAUGAGUCUUCAGGUUGUUCUCCAAAUUAUCUUUCAAAUGAAUUUCGUCUUUCAUUGAUGUGUAUCAGAAUUUGUUGGGAGUGAAACUGCAGGCUCUAAGUCAGGGUGUCAAACUGGUGGCCCAUGGGCCAGAUAUAUCACACGCAGGCCACGCCCAUAUCAGUUCCGUGAAGGGGAAAAACAUUGUAAAAUAUCACGUGAUGGCAACAUGACGCAGCGAGUUUGACACCUGUGCUCUAGGUGAUAUAAAUCUUGAUGCAUUGCAGUUACUACACCCAAUGCCUUUAGUACUGAUAUUUUGCUAACAUGUAUUUCUCGUUUCCUGGCUUUUUGUAAGUGGGGGGUUGAUUUUUGCCAUGUUUUACCGAGAUGGCGGAACAUUGAUGAGCCUGUCUCACCUGUAUCAUUUAAAAGCAAUCAUGUUGCCUUAUAGAAGAGGAGAGAUUCUAUAGUCACAUAGUCCAUAUAGAUCAUUUCUAAAGUAUUUAUGUGAUUAUAACAAGCAGGCUGAUGUAAAACAAACAGUUUAUUUAUUAGCUUUGCCAUGGCAGCCAGUGACUUUGAGCUAUGAAUAUUUGAAGUGACUGCAUUCAGCAUCACCGUUCUGCUUUUUUAAAAGACGGAAUCACUUUCAGGUUGCCAUUUGAUUUCGAAGUAUACCAUUAAGAAAGUGAUGGAGAGAAAAGGUACAGAUAGGAUUCCUGGAAGUUAUUUAGUUUACUUUAUUAUCAUUGCACCUCGUACAACGAAAUUAAAUGCCAUCUUCAGUGUAC